AUGGUUAAGGAGGCCCGGAAAUGAUUCGCAAGCCCAGCCUUUGACGUUGUCGUUUUAUAAUAUAAGCUAAAGUGGGUGCGGGACAAUGAAACGUUCGUGAGAUCGCUUUACUGUUGGCUACAUACCACAUUCUUAUGAAGCCUACUAUGGACAAAGACAAGUUCGCUGUAAACCCAGCUCCCUGCACCUCCUGGUUGGAGAUGCAACAGUUCAUUGGCGACCUGAUUUUGUCAGGUAGCGGAUCCAGCCAAUCAAUGAAGGACUUGAGCCAGCAGGAGUUUCUUCGUGUUGCCUGGGAGACGACAGGGAGCGAGGCCCCGAGGCUGAGAGACACCCCUCCAGCAGGUGCACAUCUACCACAACCCAGGAAAGUCCAGGAUAAACCAGCUAGCUUCAGUCGCCAGCUCCAGCCCGAGUCUGGAGAAACAGCUGGAGAGGCCAGAGACAGUAUAGGAACACGGGUCCAACAUCAUGCCUGCACCUGCCCUGGCUGCCCCUACCCCUCUCCCCCUUCCUGCCUUCCCUCCGCCCAUCCCCCGAAACCCAGAGACACCCUGUCCACCCGGCCACACUCUGACUCAACGUGCCUCCCCAAGGACCUCAGCUGUCCUCCGGUGAGGCGGGCCCAGCGUGAGUCAGGGGAGGAGGAUGCCGGUGAGCCCAGCAGCACCACCUCCUCCCGGGCCGAUCCCAACCAUCUCCAGAGGCAGGAGGUCGGAGCUCAGAGCGACAGCGACGGCCCCGACACCCCCGCAGCCAAGGGCUCGACGGGCCCCGAGUGCCGCCUGCCCACCUACCCCUGUCUCUGCUGUCACCGUGGCUUCCAGACCUGCGCCCAGCUGCUCCAACACCAGCAGGGGGCGGACUCUGCCUUCUCACAAACCCACGCCCAUCACCAUUUCCACCACCACCACUGCCCCUUCACCUCCUGCCUGCCUUGCCCCUCCCUGGCCCGCCCACACUCCCCCUCUGACCAGGCUCCGGCCCCCUUCCCCUGCCUGUCCUGCCAGCGCUCCUUCCCCACCUGUGCCCAGCUGCUCCGUCACCAGCACUGCCACACGCAGCAGCAGCAGGAAGACGAGGGCGGGGCCUCCUCCGGCUCGUCGCUGCAUCCCUGCAUGCAUUGCGCCGCCUCCUUCCCCAGGCCCUCUCAGCUCCUGCAACACCAGCGCUCCCAGCACGCCCACAAGCCGGCUGGCUUCCUCUGCACCGAGUGCGGCAGGGCCUUCAACUCUCACAGCAACCUCCGCAUCCACCUCAACGUGCACACCGGCGCCCGGCCCUACUCCUGCCCCGACUGCGGCAAAAGCUUCAGCCAAUCAGGGGCUCUGAAGAUCCACAGACGGAUCCACACCGGGGAGAGGCCUUACACCUGCGCCUACUGUGGCAGGGGGUUCCCCCACCUGGCAGGGGUCCGUGCCCACCAGAGGACCCACACAGGGGAGAAGCCGUACCGCUGCACCCAGUGUGGGAAGUGCUUCACCCAGUCUGGGGCUCUGAAGAUCCACACCAGGAUCCACACAGGGGAGCGGCCGUUUGUCUGCAGCCUCUGUGGGAAGGGCUUCUCCAACCGCUCUGGGAUCCGCUUCCACCACCGCACCGUCCACGGCCUGGUCCCGGAGCCGGGGGCCGGGAGGGGACCUGGGAGUCCCAACGGCGGCUCCCCCAGACUGGGCACUUUGCCGGCGGUCUCCGGGCGUCCGAGCGCCAGCCUGGCCGUCACUUUUGGGCUGAACACGUGCACGGGCUCCAGUACGGACACAAACCCCCGAGGUCUCCACGCCACAAGGCUGGAUCCUCCUGGGUCUGGGCUUUCCUCCAGCUCCGCUUCCAAACCUCCGCCCCACUCAGCCUACGUGAGGAGCCUGUCCAGGAGGGCGGAGCCGUACAGUGGGAAGGAGGCGACCGGGAGGGCGUUGAUGUACGCCUGUGAGGACUGCGGCCUUCGCUUCGCCGACGCCCCAUCCAGGAACCGCCACCAGAGUCAGGAGCAUUACUCGACCGAGGAG